GAUAUUUUGCUGGCUAUAACUGUGGCGAGUGCAAAUUUGGAUGGACAGGGUCCAAUUGUGAUGAAAAGAAGCCUCCAGUGGUCCGGAAGAACAUCCACUCUUUGACAAAUGAAGAGCGAGAGCAGUUUUUAGAUGCUCUCCAUCUUGCCAAGGCUACUAUCCAUCCUGACUAUAUGAUUGCAACCCAGCAUUGGUUGAGUCUGCUUGGUCCCAACAGAAAUGAGCCACAAGUUGCAAACUGCAGCAUUUAUAAUUACUAUGUGUGGCUUCAUUAUUAUUCAGUCAGAGAUACUCUAUUAGGACCAGGCCGUCCAUUUACAGCGAUAGAUUUCUCCCAUCAAGGCCCUGCUUUUGUUACCUGGCAUAGGUAUCAUUUACUACUCUUAGAAAGAGACCUGCAG